AUACAAAUUUGUCUGUCGACAAAUAUUUCUUGGGAAAUAAAACCCAAGGGGGCGGAUUGUCCAAGCCCCAGGUUUUAUAUUCCUAGUAAACUCCGCCCACACUUAAAUACUUUCAUUUCUUUCACUGACAACCCAAAGUAGUCUGUAGCUGUCAUCUUAUACUUCUCUCUCCGUGUCUCUCUCGGUAUAUAUAAAGAGAGGAGAGGGAGAGAUUGAUAUAGAGAGAGAUUGUAAUGGCUGCUGCUACUUGUUCAUCUGGUUUGAUCUUUAAGUCCAGAGAGUCGAUUGGGAAUGGGGUUUCUUUGUUUCAGUAUAAUGGGUUGAAAGCUGCUGGGGCUAAGCAGGUUGCUGUGAAUGGUGUUAAGACUCAUGGGCCCAUCUCUACUUCUGCUCCAAAAUGCAGAACUGUCAAGGCCAUGGCUUCUCCAACUGUAACAGCUCCCAAACGAGAAACAGAUCCCAAGAAAAGAAUUGUGAUUACUGGAAUGGGUGUCGUUUCAGUUUUUGGUAAUGAUGUUGAUACAUUCUACGAGAAACUUCUUGAAGGAACAAGUGGGAUCACCUUGAUUGACAGAUUUGAUGCUUCCACCUUCUCUGUCCGGUUUGCGGGUCAGAUUCGCGAUUUCUCCUCUACAGGCUACAUCGACGGGAAGAAUGACCGCCGCCUUGAUGACUGCUGGAGGUACUGUUUGGUUGCUGGUAGAAAGGCACUUGAUGAUGCCAGCCUAGGACCAGAAGUGCUCGACACUAUGGAUAAAUCAAGAAUUGGGGUACUUGUUGGCUCAGGCAUGGGAGGUUUAACAGCCUUCAGCAAUGGAGUAGAAGCUCUUAUUCAAAAGGGAUACAAAAAGAUCACUCCAUUUUUCAUUCCAUAUUCGAUCACCAAUAUGGGCUCAGCACUGUUGGCCAUAGAUACUGGAUUAAUGGGACCAAAUUACUCUAUUUCAACAGCUUGUGCCACCGCAAACUAUUGUUUUUAUGCAGCUGCAAAUCAUAUCAGAAGGGGUGAGGCAGAUGUUAUGGUAGUUGGUGGAACAGAGGCUGCUGUCAAUGCAACCGGUGUUGGUGGCUUUAUUGCUUGUCGAGCAUUGUCUCAGAGGAACGAUGAACCUCAUAGGGCUUCAAGACCAUGGGAUAAAAAUCGUGAUGGUUUUGUAAUUGGAGAAGGUUCUGGCGUGCUGAUUAUGGAAAGUUUGGAGCAUGCCAUGAAAAGAGGGGCUAACAUUGUUGCAGAGUACUUGGGAGGUGCUAUAACAUGCGAUGCUCACCACAUGACUGAUCCUCGCAAAGAUGGUCUUGGAGUUUCAUCUUGCAUCACUAAGAGUUUGGAAGAUGCCGGAGUUUCUCCUGAAGAGGUAAACUACGUCAAUGCUCAUGCCACAUCUACUCUUGCUGGGGAUUUAGCAGAGUUUAAUGCUAUCAAGUCAGUCUUUAAGAACACAUCUGAGAUAAAAAUGAAUGGAACUAAGUCAAUGAUUGGACAUGGGCUAGGCGCUGCUGGAGGACUGGAAGCCAUUGCCACCAUUAAGGCUAUUAACACUGGCUGGGUACAUCCAACAAUUAACCAAGAUGAUUUGGAGCCUUCAGUUACAAUUGACACUGUUCCAAAUGUCAAGAAACAGCACGAAAUUAAUGUCGGUAUAUCUAACUCAUUCGGAUUUGGCGGGCAUAAUUCUGUGGUGGUUUUUGCUCCUUUUAAGCCUUAAAGCGGAGUUCCAAGUACACCGAGACUAUAUUACCAUUCUGCAUUUGAUAGUCAAAUUUGGGAGCCUAUAACCAUCCGAGCUAUAGUUUGAAGAGGUUAAUACAGAUCAAAUUACAUAUACUGAACUGAGUUUUGGUUUUUUCUGUUCGUAGUUUCCAUCUCAUGUAUUUGACGCAUCAAGUUACUGUCUUUCAACUUUCAAGUAAUAAAAUUUUCAUGCAUUUGUCGA